GGCACCCUGUGGAACAGAACGCCUUGCAUUUCUUCCCUUUUACAAUGCCAUACCGAGCUUUCCAGCUAUCACUUGCCGCGUCUCUGUUCUAAAGCGAAAGAUCAGAGGAUGAUUUUGCUAAGUAGAAAUAAUGUGUGCAACAUUCCCAGCUUGCUUUUACUUCUAUUGCUAGUACCCAGUGCAGAAAAUAUAAGCUUACGGGUAUUUGAUCAUCUUCUAUCGCAAACGGAACUGAAAUCCGCCGAGAAACUAUUCACACGUAACGAAACAAAAUGGAAGUUCGAGGAUAUUUACCAAAGCAAAGGGGGAGACGAACGUACUCAUUUCUGGACAUCCCUAUUGGAUCUCGACGAGUUUUUGCAAAGUUCUAUUUGGCGCGUUAUCCAUGAAGGCAUUUGCAUGCGUUUCCACUGCAAUUAUGAGUUUCAGCCUUACAAAGUCGAGGCACAAAUAUCGUCACGUGGAGACGCCAUCAAAAAUAUGAAUUCUUGUACAGGUUUUGUCAAGAACAGUGAUUCGGAUUUCCAUGUGAUCUUAUUCCUUGUCGAUGAAAACUGGAAGAAGAAUGAUUAUGGGGAGCUUGUUGUUUACGGUAGUAAUGGCGAAAUAAUACAAGGGAUUCAUGCAAUCAGAGGUCGUGUUGUUGUUAUCCCUUGUGGGUAUCGUUUUACCCUCAAACCACCAGGUAUGGCGAACUCACUUAGACAUCGCACCUUGAAAAUACAAGCCUCUACAUCCAAAAAUCCCUUGCAUAGCCCGCGAAAUUCCACAGAUAAAGUUCAAAAUUUAAAACGACAAGAAAAUAUCCAAAUGUUUUGGUAUUUACCAAGGGAAGUGAAACAUAGAGAUGUACCUAUUGAGGCAUAUAUUACUAGAAAGUACUCAACAAAAGAUGGAAAACCAGUGGUUGUGUUUGACAACUUUCUUCCAGACACUCUGGUGAAAUCUUUAGAAUUGACUAUCAACGAGGGAGAAUACUCAGACUUCCCCCCUGAGAUAGGAAGCACUGAUAAUGUUCCUUGGAUCUUGCCGUAUGAGGUUGAAUUUCUGGUCAAAACCUUUGUCCAACAAUUACUCAGUUAUGUAACAGGCAAAAAGGGCUAUUAUCCUUAUGAUGUUUCAUGUAACGCCAUACGCAGCUUUGAUCACACUACAAUACAUACCGAUUGUGGCAGUCGUGAAAAUGAGUUUACUGUUUUGAUAUAUCUGAACAGGAAUUGGGCAGAAAACAGUCAUGGGGAGACAGUGUUUUUUGCUGAUAAUACCAGCUCAGAGAUCGUGUGUGCUGUAAAGCCUAAACUUGGAAGAGUAGCUAUUUUCCAUGGCCAUAUACCACACUGUGCAAGACCACCUGUUUCAACAUUCUUUGGUGUGCGAUACACUCUAGCUAUAAAGACUGCUCCCUCCAAAGCAAUUGCAGAAAAGAAACUUCUGGAUAUGGACUUGGAUCCACUUUACCAAGCAUUAGUGGUGGUCAGCGAAGAACAAGCUAGGAAUAUCAAGCAGUUUAUUAAUGAAGCUAAGGAAGGGAGGAAAACACAUAAGGACAUAGAGCAGGAGGCUUUGAAAUAUGAGAAGCUAAUGGAGGAGACUUAAAUAAUGAUAGCUGUAGGUUAAUUCAUAUAGUAUUUAUACUUACUUAUAAUUUAUAAUGUAAAUUAUUUCACUUUGUGUACAUUAUACCAAGGAUCAUUAACAAGUUCAUGGUAUGACAAUACAACAGUAUAAGUAUUAGUAAUAAUAGAAUAUAGUAUAAAUAGUCAUGAGGUUAGGGCACAAAAAGAACACUUCCCUUUUUUUUGCUACUUAGUAUUUUUGUACCUUACCCUAAAAUGUGCCGACCAUUGUUUAGAAAACCUUGCGCUUGUCUAAUAACGGAACAAUAAAUCUGUAUGGUUAUUUCAUA